GCGGCAGCCCGGCAGCGAGACGAUAAUGCAAAGUGCCAUGUUCCUGGCUGUCCAGCACGACUGCGGUUCCAUGGACACGAGCGCAGGCAACGUCCCCAAGAGCGAGGAGAAGCGGGAGAACAUGAAGCGGACCCUGUUAAAAGAUUGGAAGACCCGUUUGAGCUACUUCUUGCAACAUUCCUCCUCUCCUGGGAAGCCCAAAACUGGCAAGAAGAACAAACAGCAGACCUUCAUCAGGCCUUCUCCUGAGGAAGCACAGCUGUGGUCCGAAGCAUUCGAUGAGCUGCUAGCCAGCAAAUAUGGCCUUGCUGCGUUCAGGGCUUUUCUAAAAUCUGAAUUCUGCGAAGAAAAUAUUGAAUUCUGGCUGGCCUGUGAAGACUUCAAGAAAACCAAGUCACCCCAAAAGCUGUCCUCAAAAGCAAAGAAAAUAUAUACUGACUUCAUCGAGAAAGAGGCUCCAAAAGAGAUAAACAUAGACUUUCAAACCAAAACCCUAAUUGCCCAGAACAUCCAAGAGGCCACAAGUGGCUGCUUCGCGACGGCCCAGAAAAGGGUCUACAGCCUGAUGGAGAACAACUCCUACCCCCGCUUCCUGGAGUCGGCUUUCUACCAGGACUUGUGUAAACGGCCGCAGAUCUCCGCAGAGCCCCACACCACAUGAGCUGACAACGGGAACCCAGCGGUGGUGGACCUUUCGUUCUGUUCCUAAGGGGGAAGGCUGUGGCCUGCCCCUGGAGACUGACCUUGAAAUGCAGCCCAGGUGUUCGGGAGAUGUCCCUCAGAACUGUUGGCUCAAAGCUGGGCAGUGACCGGGAGGCUGGCGGACACCUAGGAGCAGCCUGGGCCGCGGUGGCCUCGGUGACUGUGCAGAGCGCAGGGAGAGGGCGGUCUGGCUGCGGAGUGUGUCCCGCCGGAAAAGCAGCAGCUCGAGGCUGAGAGAGACGAUGGCGAACUGUUGGUCCAAAGGCAUUUUUAAAGUCAAUAGCUCUGGGACUGUGUGGCCUCGGCUAGCUGGCUGUAUAUCUUUCCCGAAACCAGUCCAUGCUACCAUGCAGUGGUUCUAGUUUUAGUUUUAGUUCGUUUCAGUACUAAGUAACAGUAAAAUGUUUACUACGUGCAAGCAUAUCAAAGUUCUUAUGACUACAGAGCAUUGAUCCCAUUGUGUUGUAACGCUAAAACUGAAAUGGUCUGUGUUUUAAUUGUUAAGUGGUGUGUCACUGAGUGAGUGCUGUUGUGCAGAGAGGACGGUGUCAUUAUGAGUGCCAAAAACUGUCCUGAAGGCAGCUAAACUUUGAAGUGGUCUUUGCGUACUUUUAAUAAAUUUAUUUUGAUAAGUGA